GGAAGAUUAGAAACUAGUGAAAAAUAACAGAAAAAAAGAAACUAGUUAGAUAAAUACAAACUUCUUACAAAAUUGGUUAUAAAACAGAUUAGCUUCUUCAAAAAGACAAGAAUUUACUUUUUACAAAGCCUAUUGUUGUUGGUUCACCUUCAUAAUCUGACGUAGCGCAUCUUCUAUAGGUCAGAAACUUUGAAAUCCAAAAACAACUCAAAUCAAGCGAACAGAAUAUCUGGAGAAUAAGUUUAAAAUAUUGGAUGCUGAGUUAAAAAUAAGGAAGUGAUUAUUGAAACACACAUAUAUAUACUCCACAAUCAAAUCAACCACAGCUUUUAUUUAGAAAAUUCUAAAUUCUUACAAACUUAAUUUAACUAAUUGAUUGUCAUAAUAUGAAAUAUUUACUGAAAUCGAGCAUGUAUUCUAUCCAAGUCACCUUGAUAUUUUAUUCAUUUAUACUAUAUAGUGAAGCGAUUCAUUCAGAUGACGAAUUAUUUGCUGUAAAUAUCAAUGGAGCCAAUACAUAUUCCAGUUCAAAUGUACCAGGUGGUCUAUCAGAAUAUUCGAUCGAUGAUGAUUUUAUGCAUAUGCAACCAACAUGCUUUCAGACUGAUUCUGCACAACCUGAUUUAAACGGUUAUCAUUGGUUAAUAAUUGAUUUUGGCAUACAUUUACACCAUAUAAAAGAAAUACGACUUGCACCAAAUCCAUUUCAUAAAUAUUUCGCUACAAAACUCUCAAAUAUUGAUGUGUUUCUUAUACAAAGUGGUGAAUCAUUGGAAACUGAUGAAAUGUUAGCAUCACUAAGACAAACAAAUCAAAGAACACCAAAAAAUAUUAUGUGGAAUUCAAAAGGCAUUAAAUUUUGUCAGUCGACAGGUAAUGUUACAGCUGGUACUCGUGCUGCUACAAUAGAAUGUCCACAAGAAAUGGAUGCAAAGUGGUUAGCAUUACGUAGAGCAGAUGAAUUGGAAAUUUGCCUUGUCAGUGUUUAUGUAAAGAAAGCCUAUAAAGAGUGCUUCAUACAAUAUUCAACAGAAGAACAACAAGUAUGGCCUAGUUUAUCAGGUCAACCAUUUAGUUUUAUACGUCAUUUGUCAAAAUCAGCUUGUCGUGCUGGAUGUUCAGUCAAUAAAAAUUGUCAAGCUAUACGCUAUAGAAAAAUAAGACAUACUGGAGUCUGUGAACAAAUACGUGAUGUCCUACUUUCAGAAGAUCAUACCAGUGUUAUUCCAAAUGAGAGGAAUCCAGUUUCACAUGAUUCUUUACUAAAUUGCGAAUCAGAGAAUUGUAUGAUUGAAUUAAACAAAUGUCAAUUAGGUAGAUUAGAAGAAUUACAUCAGGUUAAACAGUCUGAAGAAAAUGACACCAUAAUAUCAAUCUCUAAUUUGAACAAUGAAUCAAACGACUUACAAAGUGAGAAUAAAUUCUCAUUAUGGGAAAUUCCAUCGAAUUUACAAAAGAUUAAAGCUGAUCAAUCAAAUGAAUUAAAUACUGAAUUAUUAUUUUCUAUUCAAAUGGAUGGUUAUUUAUAUUGUAGUAAAGCUGUUUGUGAUACAUUGAAAAUUUAUUCAAUGGAUAAGAAUAAUGAAGCAAUUCUUUGCGGUGAAAUUAAUUCACUUAUUGUGUCACAUUUAAAUAAAUAUUAUUUAUUUUGUCAAAAUAAUUAUCCAAUGGAUAAAUUAAAAUUUAUUCGUUUAGAAUGGAAUAAUAUGGGUAGAGAAAAAGCGGGUUAUUUACAUGUAAAUAUUACAAAAAUGUUUAUUAGAAUAACAAAAAAUACAAAAUUAUUCAAUAUGAAUUUAAAUUCAAAUAUUAUGCCAAUGACAACUUAUUCAACGAUGCUUGUUACAAACAAUAUAGAGUUGACUACUGAACAACAAUCUAGUGAACAUUUUGUAGAAGUAAAAGAAUAUGAAGUAAAUGAACAAUAUACAACUCAACAACUAAAAAACCAAUUUAAAGAAUUGAAAAAUGAAAAGAAUGAAGAGGGAUUAAAUGUACGGAACAAUCUUCAUGAAACAGAAUUACUUCAACAAUACUAUCAACCUGAAAAAGGUGAAUUAGAAGAUAAAAGAGAAAGAGAAAAAUCAGAAGCUCUACAUCAUACAGAUUCGUAUAAGGGUGAAGAUGAACAAUAUACUGAAAUGAAAGAAACCAAUACCCUUAAUGAAGAAAAUAGUCAUUCAGUCAAUUAUCUGAAUACAAAUACUGAUUAUACAGAAAAUGAAGAAGAUGAAUAUGAUAUGUCGACACUGGAAUCAUUUGAUGAUCAAACAGUAGAAGACGACCUAACAUAUGCAACAGAAAACGAAACGAAUAUGCAAAUGACGAACAUUCAUGACAAACAUAAUAUGUCGCCCAAACAAAAUCACUUAACUGUAACAACCACUGAAUUUCAUGAAGUUGUAGAACAUACUGAGGCCAUUGAUAAUAUAGUUACCGAUUCAUGGGGGCGACAACCAAACUCACAUAAUGACUUAGAUAAAAAUGUAAAUAACUAUCGAAACAAAAAUAUCACGUCAACAAAACUAGGUGUACGUGAAGCGAGAAGAGAAAAAGACCAUGACAAUUUACAAAUAGUUGGACAGCACCAUCGUAAUUUAGAAAAAAAAUCACUUCAAACUGUUCGAGUUGAUGAAAAGCCGAAAAAUAACUCCCUCUUUUCACGUAGACCUCAAUUUAUUCUGAUUAUUGCAAUUACAUUUCUUACAUUUCGAAAGGUUUGGUGAAUUCCGCCGAAGGAAAUAAUGUGAAGUAACAAUGUUUUAUAAUGAAAUUUGAAAAUAUUCAGUGUAUAACAUUUUCAAGUUGAAAUGAGGUUGUCUAUAUUUUUUGUUUGGAAAUAGGAACAUAAUUGUUUUUGUCAAAAGAUCACUUCAUUAUUCCAUAAGGGAACUUUUCAUAUAACUUUCUUUAUCAGGACCUGCCUUAUUCUCCUCUAUAAACAAAUCUAUAUUAAUUAUUUGACUUCAAAAGAUAUUGAACCCGACCAUGAAUUCAGCUGCACUGGGCACAGUCUUUUGUUCUUUCAAAUUCUUGAUUACAAAAUACAGGGAUUUAGGUCAUUUUUUAUAAAUAAUGAUUGACUAUUUGUCGCUUAUUUAACGGCUUUUUGUUUUAUUAUUAAGCGCAACCUCAUGAAGGUCAGUUAUUUUGAAAGUCUUUUUCUCUUCCUUAUGCAAGUUACCUAAAAGCUUAACUUAAAUUUCUUUUAACAUUGUCGUUCUCUUUUUUAAUAUACACCAAAGUGAUGAAAACAUAACGUGU